UGACCGAGCAGGUCGGCGGUCAGUGAAGCCGCGCGCGUGUGGAGCUCCCCGAAAUGUUUACGAGCUGACAGCAUCUGCUUUUAUUGACCCCGUCCUCCGGACGAUCAGCUGAGUACGGGUGGUUCUUCCCCCGAGGUCGAGUUCCGGGUACCAGCCGGGUCUGGUCCGUGCGAGAGAAGAAUUCCGCAGCAGAGCAGCGAUGGACCGCGGGGCUGAACGGAGGCGGUUGCUGGACGACGAAGACGGACUCACCGACCCGACUGGAGUCAUCUCAGUGCAGGACGCGUACCUGAGCAAAGUGAGGAACAGCCGGCUGUACCUGGCCACCCUGGUGUCCGUCCUGGGGCCCAUGAGCUUUGGCUUCGUGCUAGGCUACAGCUCUCCCGCCAUCCCGGAGCUCACCCGGAUCUCCAACCCUGAGCUGCGGCUGAACGAUGUGGAGGCCUCGUGGUUCGGGUCGGUGGUGACCCUGGGCGCGGCGGGCGGCGGCCUGCUGGGCGGCUGGAUGGUGGAGAAGGUCGGCCGGAAGCUGAGCCUCAUGUUCUGCUCGCUGCCCUUCGUCUUCGGCUUCACACUCAUCAUCGCCGCUCAGAAGCUGUGGAUGUUCUACCUGGGCCGGGUUCUGACCGGCCUGGCCAGCGGUGUCACCUCGCUGGUGGUCCCGCUCUACAUCUCUGAGAUGGCUCACGAGCGCGUCAGAGGAACGCUGGGCUCCUGUGUGCAGCUGAUGGUGGUGCUGGGCAUCAUGGGGGUUUACCUGGCAGGUCUCUUCCUGGACUGGCGAUGGCUGGCCAUCGUCUGCUCCAUCCCCCCGACGCUGCUGAUGGUCUGCAUGUGCUUCAUGCCUGAAUCUCCCAGGUUCCUGCUGUCCCAGGGCAAGCGGCGGGAGGCCGAGGAGGCGCUCCUCUUCCUGCGGGGGCCGGACGCCCCGGUGGAGUGGGAGUGUGCGCGCAUUGAGGAUGCUUGUGAGGAGCAGGGCUCCAGCUUCCAGGUGUCGGACCUGAAGGACCCCGGCGUGUACAAGCCGCUGCUCAUCGGAGUCAUGAUGAUGAUGUUCCAGCAGCUGACCGGCAUCAACGCCAUCAUGUUCUACGCCGAGAACAUCUUCCAACAGGCACAUUUCAAGCAAAGCGACUUGGCCUCGGUCAUCGUGAGCCUGAUCCAGGUGGUCUUCACGGCUGUGGCGGCUCUGAUCAUGGACAAGGCCGGACGGAAGCUCCUCCUGGUCAUCUCAGGCAUCGCCAUGGCGAUCAGCACCACAGCGUUUGGGGUCUAUUUCUACGUUAUUACCGAACUGCACCUGCUGGCCUCGCAGACGAACGCCGACUUGUCCUGGCUGCCACUGGCCAGCAUGUGUGUCUUCAUCAUGGGUUUCGCUCUGGGUUGGGGUCCCAUCCCCUGGCUGGUCAUGUCAGAGAUCUUCCCGGUGAAGGUGAGAGGGUUUGCGAGCGCCGUCUGUGUUCUGACCAACUGGACCAUGGCCUUCAUCAUCACCAAGACAUUCCAGGACAUGAUGACCACCAUGACCAGUGCGGGAACCUUCUGGUUGUUUGCCUCAAUGUGCGUCCUCAAUGUCAUCUUCACCGUCGUCUUCGUCCCAGAAACCAAGGGUCGCACGCUGGAGCAAAUCGAAGCCAUUUUCAGAGGAACGUCAGGUCCAUGACAUCCUCGCCGGCUGCAUCCGGGACAAUCCAGUGAAGCUUGAUUUUUACUGACGGUUACGGAACACACCUGUUAGAGUCAUUCUGUGUGUGUGUGCAUGGUGGAUGAGUGGUGUGACUUCUUGUAUGCGACAGGACGUGACGUGUGUGCGUGUUGACGUUGGAAAGUGCUAAGGAAGCGUGAGGAGCAUACUAGUUUUUGACCGUGCUACUGUUAUUUUGUUUGGAAUACCGCAGUUGUUUUUGUUAUCACCAAAUAAAGGAUUUAACAAAUUGUAUCAAAGGAAAUAACUGUGGAUAUUUUUGCAUCUCGGAAGACACGCGUCAGCUACAUGCUCUACUUCCACAACAAAGUGUGUUUGAGAAAGAACCAGACGGAAUCACGCUUACAACACCGUUUUUAUCAUGUCACGUUCCACUUUUACUGAUACAAGUUUUUAAGAGCGGUUUUCGAUUUCUCUUAAACUUUGGGUCAAGACUUCUGUUUACCUCACUAAUUUAGCAUGACACUUUCUGCUGUUCGUCCGGUGUGAUGAAGUCUGACGUUUAUCUCCUCGUCUUAAGAAAGAUGUUUUAAUUGUUUGAUGAUUUUUUUUUACGUUUUUGUAAUUGGUGUUGCUACAAUGGGAAAUCGAAUUUGUAAUGUGGUCUUUUGAUAAAA